AUGGCUGAUAAUGGAGGCGGUUCCAGCCCGACGAAUGGAGGCAAUGAUGCAUCAUGGCCGCCUGCCACGGAUGUAGCGCACUAUGCGCCCGCCAAGGGGGAUGCCGCCGGAGGAGAUUCCCGUAGUCGUGCACGCACACAAAUCGUGUCUAUAUGGUCUGACCGGCUCCAGCUUGCCAGUGUGCUUGCAACAUUCUUCACGUCGAUUGACAGCCUCCUCUUCUCGCUUUCCGUGAAUCAGCACAACAAUACCAAUGCUGGAGAGCUGAUGACGUCUGCUUUCUCGGGUGCCCUAGUAUUCCACGCGGCAGCGGCGAUUCUAUCAUACAUUGGCGCGUUUGUCUUGAUCCAGUUCAAACUGGCCAAUGCGCCGUCUAUACCUACUGAAACGCACUCUGCUCCGCCAACCUUCCACUCACCCAAAGUCGCCGCCAAACACCCCGCAGUUCACAUCGCAGGACACCAUCCGCCCGGGACGCAUUCCAGCCACGCGCGCGAUACCAAGAUACAUCCUUCCGCUCACCAACAAUCACCGUCUUCUCCGCUGCUGUCUCCACCGCUGGAUUUCUUGACGCGCUCGACAUCCGCUCUGAACGACUGGUUGCACUCGGUGGCGUUUCCGUCGUCACCGUCGUCGCAUAUCUACAUCGAGGUGGUGCAUCCUUUCACCAGGAAGAAGGUCAACACCAGCCCCGAGCCAGGCCCAGACGAUGACGACCCGGAGACCAACAUCGACGCGCUGAGCCGACUACUGCUACGUUGCCAUCGUGCAUGUAGCGCCUUCACGCUCAUCGGCUUCACGCUUCUACUCAUUGGAGUCGUCUCGUUCGCCUGGACGGUUCUUGACAGAGCCGUCGGCAUCUUCACGAGCUGUUGCGUGGCUGUCGCUCUUGUCGUCGCUCUCUAUUCGUUGCAUUGA